AUGGAGGCGAUCUGGCUGUACCAGUUCCGCCUGAUCGUCAUCGGCGACUCCACAGUGGGAAAAUCCUGCCUCAUCCGCCGCUUCACCGAGGGGCGCUUCGCCCAGAUCUCCGACCCCACCGUGGGCGUGGAUUUCUUCUCCAGGCUGGUGGAGAUCGAGCCUGGCAAGAGGAUCAAGCUCCAGAUCUGGGACACGGCCGGGCAGGAGCGGUUCCGGUCCAUCACCAGAGCCUACUACAGGAACUCGGUUGGAGGACUCCUCCUCUUUGACAUUACAAACCGCAGGUCUUUCCAGAACGUCCACGAGUGGCUGGAGGAGACCAAGGUGCAUGUCCAGCCAUACCAGAUCGUCUUUGUUCUGGUAGGUCACAAGUGUGACCUUGACACACAGCGUCAAGUGACCAGGCACGAGGCAGAGAAACUGGCGGCUGCAUAUGGUAUGAAGUACAUUGAGACCUCAGCUCGGGAUGCUAUUAACGUGGAGAAGGCCUUCACUGAUCUGACUCGUGAUAUAUACGAGCUAGUGAAAAGGGGGGACAUUUCAAUCCAGGAGGGAUGGGAAGGGGUAAAGAGUGGGUUUGUCCCAAAUGUAGUGCACUCUUCAGAAGAAGUGGUGAAAUCAGAUAGACGGUGCUUGUGCUGAGCUCCUCUAGAGAGGUGAGUGGUGAUGAACUCUACUAACCAAAUGUACUUUACUUAGUGAACUCAGUAUGACAGAAGGGAGAGCAACACUCCCGUUGUGAACAGCCUCCCACAUUGUUUUGGACACCAGGACAAACCCUGGAAAGAAAUGUUCUGUUCCAAAUAACCUUUCAGAACUGGGGGCUACAAAACUGAAGGAGAAUGAGUGAGGGUGCGUGUGGAUGUUGUAAGGACAGAGGAAGCAGAAAUGAGGGGCUGCACAACACAGGAGAGAGUAUACAGAGCUGAAUGGGCUGGUACAUGCCAGGGUACUGUACACGUUACCUUUUAAGUAAACCUAUAGCUCCCUGCUGGCUUUUGGAGCCACAGGAUGGAUACUCAGGCUUAUGACAAACAGGCAGACAGAGGGAAAGCAGGAGGACAUCUUGGUUUGUGUCAGCUAUUUCUUUCCAGGAAGGUCUAAAGGCAGCACAGAUACCAUUUCCUCAUAAGGUCAGUUCCACAGGAGAAGUUUACUGACAUGGUAUGCACACUUCUAAGUUUUCUUUCGUAUGUUCUUGAACCUAGUUCGAUAGCAAAGAAUAUUUUGUGGGAUUUAAAGAAAACAGUAGUUAUUUGAUUGGUAAUUAAAAUUUAAAUUAUUCCUCCCUUAACAGUGUUUUUCUUGCUGUGCUGUACCAAGACUCCAAGUGGCAACUCUUACUGCAGUAGGGAUUAUUCAGUGCAAUUUUUACUCAUUUACUGUCUGGGUGAGUACCUUGAAAGUACCCCAAGUUCAGGGCUUUCUAGUUGAAUUAAGUGAUCAAGAGCAUAAAGAGAGAACCAUGUCCUCAGGUGUUAUGUGUUAAGACUGGGGUGUUGCAGCCAGGUGGGACACACCAUUUCUGUCUCAGUAAUAGCACUGUGCUGACCUUACCAGCCAGGUCACAAGGAGGAAUGGAAAGGAGGGCGGGAAAAAAGAAACCCAACAAAAUAAGAAACUUGAAAAGCUAACUCAGGUGCAUCAGACAUCCUAAAAGCUGUGAUUUGCUCUUAAAGAAGUUAAAUAGCAUUGAAAGCAACAGCUUCCAUUGAUACUUUCUGCUGUUAAAGUGUAAUUCUCUGUCUUGGCCUCUGUGGAAGAGAACUGGCACUGGAAAGGUGGAACACGCAGCAGGAGUAUCUGAGCAGGUGUAAAGGAAAGCCUCAAGACACACUCAAGAAUAAAAUUUGUUUUCCUCCUGACAAAAGAGGAUCCAUCUCAGGCUGGCCAUCAUGGGAUGGCAGCCAUGUCACAAAAGCUGUAUGGAGGUGGAUGUGUCCUGGGAAUGCCAUUCACCACUUAAAAGCUUUGCUUCUGCCAAAUUUUAACCCAAGCUUUUGAAGUGCAAUGGGUUGACUGUGCUGUAGCAAAUUAGGGACGUUCAGCCUAUUGAAAGUGAAUAAACAAAACUAUAGUGACUUUUUAACUUGUGUUUGAAAGCUUUAUACACCAACCUGCAAAUGGGCAGGAGGAAGAUAUUAGGCAAAAGCUGCAGGAAGCAUCUAGUAUUUAUUUUAGGCCUCUGAGUAGAGAAAAAAAAAAAUUGUUCCAGCUUUUUAAUCUGUCCCAUCUACAGAAAUACAGGUCUUGAUUGCUAUUGAGUUCAGACUGUUUCUCCUGAACCUGUUCUCUCAGUUUGCAGCAGCACAUGGGCAGAUCUGUAUUAAGAAAAAACAUGCCGUUUCCAUAUUGAAACUGUAUAAAAACCCCAAACCCGCAGCAAACCCAACCCAACAACCCAAGCCCUGAACACUUUUGUUUUUGGUGUUCUAGGAACAACUUCAGUUCCUGGGCUCUGCCGGGGAGCAGCAGCACUGCACCUGCUAGGAGGGCACAGGGAGCAAAUGCCAGGAAAGGGGUGGCAUUGGCCUGGUGCUUCUUGGUGAGCUUGUCACUGCUGUGAAUGUAUCUUCGUGCUAAAGAUCAGUCAGUGAGUGCCAGGCACUUGUGGUUGAGUGCCCUGAACAUUAAAA